AUGGCUUCUUCUUCCUCUCCCUCAUAUCAAUCUCAUCUUAAAAACACACAACAAGAUUUCAAUUUUCUCAAACAUGAAAAAUCAUCAAAACCUCUUCAAGAAGAAGAGCAAGAAGAAGAAUGGCUAAACUUAGGGUUAGGUUUAGGAACUAGUCAUAAUCCAAUUUUAGUUUCUCCAUCAUCUACUUCACAAAAGCUAUGCUGCCCUCAAAUAGGAUUAGGGUUAGGGUUUCAAGAUUAUGAUUCAGCUUUAGAAUCAAAAAAAGGUAAAGAGGGAUUAGAAAACUUGAAUUUCUCUAAUGAACAUCAUUACCAUCAUAAUGAUGAUGAUAAUGGUAAGGUUAUAGGGUCAUCAUCAUUAUCAUCAUCAUGUGAAAUUAUGAAUCCUCGUGGUGAAGACUUGGCUAUGAAGUUUCCUAGUGAUUCUCAUCAUUACUUGGCCAGAAAUAAUCACAACCAAUCUGGUUUCUGGUUUACCCUACGCUCCUUUACCAACCGGAACGGUGAAGCUUUACCUCAAAUAUCAAAAGAAUUCAUAAGAGUAAAGGAUGAAAACAUGACGGUGUUGAUGGUUAAAAAGUAUCUGGUUACAAAACUAGGUCUCUCCAAUGAAGAUGAGAUUGACAUGUUUUGCAUGGGAGAAAGCUUGUUGCAUGUUCAAACUCUGAAGCAAGUAAGAGACACUAUUUGGCUCCCAAGAUUGGUUGAAUAUGUAGAUUCAACUACUUUGUCAAUUGGAGAUUUCCAUGAGGUGACCAUGAACCAUUUGAUGUCACUGAUUUACCAAAAACAUUGUAUAUUGAAUUGA